AUGUCGCCCAGAGCUGACGCGGAUUUUUCUUCUCUUCCCCAGCACAACGCGCAACACCACUACUCGGGGCCCACUUGGCCGGCGUCUCGCACUGGGCCUCGCUCUCCGCUGCUGUUUCGGCCGGCGUCAACGAGGGCGCGUCGUGAUGUCAUGCUCGUCAAAGGCGGUACUUCUCUGGCUUGGGCCCGGCGUCGCGGCUGGGUUCCAGUUUGGGGGUGA